CUGGGACAAAGCCUCUACGAGAAAACCACUUCACCGCUCUCGUUGAUUCCACUGCCUUUGCUGCCUGCCGGAUCGAUGCCUGGCAACCACGGCCAUACAAAUCUGAAUCCAACCGCCCGUUUGCCCUUCCAUCAUCUCUGCCUCUCCAGAUCCGCGAUCGCACCGGUCGGACUCUCUAGCUUUGCUCGUCCCGUAGCUGCUGCUGAGUCUCGGUGCCAGCUCAACUGGCUUCCCCAUCGACACUUGCUCCCUCUCGCUCCUCCCUCCACACACGAUAUCCGCCAAUACAUCGCCAUCGCCAUCGCCAUCGCCAUCGCCAUCGCCAUUGCCAUUGCCAAACGAACCACCGAGACGCCAUGCUGAUUCACUCCGUCGCCGUCCUGGCCCAAGAGUUCUUUACGCUUCCGCACAACAAACUCAACACACCCCAUCACCGGUAUCUGUGGCAGCGGAUUUGCACCCUCCUAAACGGGAUCACGGCCGAGACCCUCAAAAUCAAGGAGUCUCUCGCUCCAGUCGAGUACUACUCCGUCUAUGAGUCGAGCGUCUUCACAAUAUGUGUGUUCGUUCUGAAGCGGGGAACGAUCAUGCCUAUCCACGACCACCCUGAUAUGACCGUCUUCAGCAAAAUCGUCAGUGGCGACAUGUUUGUCAAAACAUUUGAAUUCCUGCCCAAGAGCAACAACGACCUGAAAACUGUCAUCGACCCAACCACUUUGCAGCCAUGCACAGUGCAUCGCACCCGCCUGGGAUUAAAUCGCGUCGUCAGCGCCGGAUCUCCAGAGUCUCUCAUGAUCAUCGAGCCGGGCCAGGGCGCUAACCUGCACUCCUUCGAGGCAGUCUCCGAUCGAGUCGUCCUGCUGGAUCUCAUCGGCCCGCCCUACAACGGCGACACCCGCCGGUGCACCUAUUUCACGCCGCUCACUCCCUCGCACGAACGACUCUUGCUGAGCUCGCCCCUGUCCUCCUCCAUAACCAGCGCCGAUGACAGCAAGCUGCCCCUGCUGCUCCAAGACAUCUCGCAGACCAUGCUCAAAGCAUCGCGAGCACAGGACCACACAAGCAAAUCCAUUCCAUCGCCAGACAUCCCCACAAGCAAAUCCUCGUCAUUUCCGGGCGCGGAUACCUCCAAGAGGCACCAGCAGCCGUCGACAUCUCCCGGCCUCUGGUGCGACGGGAGCUCAAGCGACUCGUCCGAGAACGACUCUCAGUUCAAGCACAACGGGUCGUCUCGCCCUUACCACUACGCCUCGCCGCCCUCGGAAGGCCAGGAAUACUGCUGGCUGAUGGAGAACGACAACGUCGACUACGAGUGCACCGAGCGAACCUACUGUGGUGCCCGCGUCCACGGCGACCGGCUCAUCCGCGACUCCUUCAAUGACAUCCGGCCUGUGAUCGAGAAGGUUGCCAGCUACAUCGAGAGCCGAGCAUCCAGCGCCGCCCAUUCGCCAUGAGCGAGCCGGCCUCUCUCCGCUCUGCGGCGGUCCUAUCGUUCUUUCUUUCCUUCUUUCUUUAUUUCUGCCUUCCGCACUGUACUCUUAUCUCCGAUGCGGCUCGGAUGGCCCUAUCGACCCAACCAUGCCUCGUCUGUGCCUCUUGCACAGGGCUUCCUGUUGUCCCUGUCGUGUCCCCACACUCCAUUCAUCCACGCCUCUCCUUCCAACACCUUACCCUAUCACCCACUACACCUGCCUGCAUAUUUCUUCAGGCAUCAUACCUUCAUUCACACCAAAUCCAACCGGGCUGGACAUGGCAUUCCUGAGUGGCUAUGUGGAUACGGAUUGGACUUGCCUGUCGAUC